CUCCAAUACGGGAUAAGUGACUCCGCUCAAGGAUCUGGUGUGAGCAGAACUGUGACUGACAGACAGCCACGAUGAGUUUCCGCAUCGUAUUGACCUAUGCCUUGAAUCUUUUCUUUGGGUUGCUAUACCCCACAGCAAAGUCUGUUGAGGCGGUAGAGAGUGGAGACAAUGGUCAUGACGAUGCACAGUGGCUCAUGUACUGGGUCAUCUACACACUCCUCCUCAUCGCAGAGACCCUGCUCUGGCCAGUCCUGAAAUGGGUGCCAUUGUAUGCAGAGGCAAAGGCCAUCCUGCUGGCAUGGCUGGUGCUGCCCCACUUCAAGGGGGCCACCUGGGUGUACGAGACCAUCAUAGGCCCUGGAUCCACGAAGCUGCGCGCAGAGCUCCACAAGAUUCCAGCUCUCGAGCGGUUCUGGAACCAGGAGGACGCAGCGCCUGCAAAGGCGUUGACUCCUGAGGAGGAGGCCAGGUCGGUGGAGGAGCGCAAGACCAGAGUCACGCUGACUGUGCAGGAAGCGCGCGACGCUCUGGUCAAGAAGCUCGAUGACAUAGACCGCAUCCCGGAUCUCAAGGCCAAGCAGAAGGCGCUCAGAUCUUUCGACAAGGAGCUUGCCAAGAUGGCAAAAGUGGGCGACAAGAAGAUCGUUUGAUUGACGCCAACAGCUUUCCUGCCGGACAGCUCUCCUGACACGAUGGAGAUCAAGCACUUCUGUGUGAGACGUGCAGCCAAUCAAAAUUAAUAAGAUCAAUCUAAAUGUAGCCUCGUAGCAAAUGAUAUUGAAGGAUCAUGAUGACAUCUAAGAGAUACUUUAGACACUAUAUCAAUGGCCAUCACAUGUCUGGGCCGUUUCCAGGGUCUUGUAGGGCCUGUCAUGAAAGACCGCUAUGUUGACUCAGUUCUGCACUGCCCUGUGCUACUGAAGCUCAAUAUUUGCCUUGUAAAGUAGUUGCAACACA